CGUUUGCGCAGGAAGAGGCGGCGGGCAGUCAUGGCGGGCGACGGACACUCCGGGCUGCCGGUGGGGACGGCUGUAGCGGUCGUGUGCUUGGUCGUGCAGUUGGUGGGCCGCGGGGCGCAUGCGCUGUACUUCCACAUAGGGGAGACCGAGAAGCGCUGCUUCAUCGAGGAAAUCCCAGAUGAGACGAUGGUCAUCGGUAAUUACCGGACGCAGCUGUGGGACAAGCAGACCGAGACUUUCCUUCCGUCCACGCCGGGGCUGGGCAUGUUCGUGGAAGUCAAGGACCCCGAUAAGAAGGUGGUUCUGUCCAGGCAGUAUGGCUCUGAGGGCCGCUUCACUUUCACGUCACACACCCAUGGAGAGCAUCAGAUCUGCCUCCACUCCAACUCCACUCGCAUGGCGCUUUUUGCAGGGGGCAAAUUGCGAGUACACUUGGAUAUCCAAGUUGGGGAGCACACCAAUAACUAUCCUGAGAUUGCAGCAAAGGACAAGCUGACGGAGCUGCAGUUAAGAGCGAGACAGCUUCUGGACCAGGUGGAACAGAUCCAGAAGGAGCAGAACUACCAAAGGUACCGAGAAGAGAGAUUCCGCAUGACCAGCGAAAGCACCAACCAGCGGGUUUUGUGGUGGUCCAUUGCCCAGACUAUCAUCCUCAUCCUCACUGGUGUUUGGCAGAUGAGACACCUCAAAAGCUUCUUUGAGGCCAAAAAACUGGUAUAAACACUUAAGGCAACACAAGUGCUUUUAUUAAAAUGUCUCACUGUCCUUCUCCAACUUCCACGGAACUCAUCUUUGCCCUUUGGAAUCAGAAAGAUAAAACAGAAUGUGAACAUACCAGGACUCAUGCUCCCUCUGCAAGGAUACCCUUCCUGUGGAAGCCUCCAGCUUGCUCCUUGCUCUGUUAGAGCAAAGAAAUUGGUGUUGGGGGUUGUAUUUGGGACCUUUGGGGUGGGAACAGAAUUUUGGUACUUGCAGAUAUUAGGCAGAGGAUGCUGUCUUGGAGAGGCUUGGGAGUGAGAUUCUUAAGAUUCCCCCCCCCCAAAAAAAAAAUCUCCUUGCUUUUUCCUUGUCCUGAGUGUGGGGUUGGCAGGUUCUGUCUCUGCAGUGGUUUGGUUGGCAUGGAGAAGAAAGGGAGAAAUUAAGUUUAUACUUGUGUUUUGAUAUGCAUGGGGGGGCAAUAGCAGUUGUCAAAGUCUUUCAGUUCUGUCUCUUUAGUAACAGGAGCAAAUGUUACUGACCCACAUCCCCUCCUGAUGCAAUGUCAUCAGCUCACCUACUCUCAGCAGCAGAGAAUGCACUGCUUCUGUAUGCCUUGGUUUCCUCAACACAGUCUGAAAGGUAACUUUGUCUUGGGGUCAACAAUAGAUGCUAGUUGUGGGACAGCAGAUUUAGCAGUCUCAUUUUUCCCUCAGAGCCUGACAUACAGUGCACAUAGAAGUGUGAGAAGUUCCACAGCACUUAGCAUGGCAGCAGUUAACUGUGGAGUUUCCUAGAGUUUUUGGGAAGAGGUGGCUGUAUGUACCUGCUAUUAAUGAAGAAAGCAACCCUGGGCCUUUAAAAUACAGAAAAUGUGCAGUUGAAUAGUUGUCCUUUACCA